AUGUCUUCGAACUAUUUCUCAACGCCAUGUCCGAUAAAGAGAAAGGUCUCCAUCUCAUCUCUUCAUCUCGUUGUGCAGAGCUGCGACGCAGCUUUAUCCGGCCUCGUAGAGAGCGUGAACGUUGAAGAUUAUCCUACAUCAGAUUUCUCAAUCCUUCGUACAGAUUUUCUGUCUCUCCUCUCCAUUAUAUAUGCCGCUACAACCAAGGUCGCUCUGUCGCUGAAGCCAUCGGAACCACACCAUAAGGCAUCCCUAGUGCCGCUUAGGGACCUCGCAAACAAUGUCGCCGCCCUUGUGCACUCAAUCCGCCUUAUGCGUCUUCAGGAAGGCUCUACGAUUAUGGCAGAGUACGAAAAGGUUGCUAAAAGUGUUAUCAUCUCUGUAAAAGGUCUGGCAGAAGCACUGCUUCAAGCCGAUCCCAAAGCCUACCUCGUCAGGACUGGAGAAAUCCAUGAACUGAUUGACUUCGCUCGAAAGGCCGGAGGUCUAUCACAAAAUAACUUUGAAGCCGUAAGGCGAUUGUGGCUUCAAGAACAUGAUUCUCUUGUGGACGGAUACGAGGAAAUACAAGAAAUCUGCAAAAAAGAUAGUGAAGAUGGCAAUGAAGACGGUGAAGAUGCGCUCGAAGACGGAUGGGAAGAAUUCGGGAUUAGCUCUGACAAAAAGCUAUCUCCAGUAGAGUUUGAAAGAGCUGAAAAGGUUCAAGCGAUCGUUAAACUUGUGAUCCUUCUUCACAAACGUAUCAGCCGAGAUACCCUCUCAGCCGAUGGUGUCAAAAACGACAAUUCUACUCUGGACAAACUUUCGUCGUUAUCUAAUCGUCUUCUUACAGCUUCAGACGACUUAAUUUCGUCAAUGUACCCUUACCACGAUCUCGCCAACAUCAAGACAUGCUUGAUUUCAUUCUGGGACAUCAUUAAGAAACUUCGGGUCACUAUAUUGACUUCCCAUGAUGAAACUUUGGAAGGACAAUUAAAGGAUAUGUCAUUAUCUUCUGGGGACAAGUCUAAAAAGUGGUUUAGCACAUGCUUUGAUCAAAUCGACAUUACCGCCGCCAAAAUUAUGGAUAGUCUCCAACAAAAAACGAGGACAGAUUCAUGA